GAAAUCAAUGGGCUUCCUGUGGUACACGGGAGGGCAUGGGGCCGACAGUGCUUCUUGUCGUUCUCUUUCACUGUUUCUGUCUACAAGGCAAGAUGGCCGACCAAGUAACCGAUGCACAGAUCAAGCGGAAGCGAACCUUCCGUAAGUUCACUUACCGAGGAGUAGACUUGGACCAGCUCCUAGAUCUCUCUCACGAGCAACUUAUGGAGCUUGUGUGCUGCCGACAGAGGCGACGAUUUACUAGGGGUCUGAAGAGAAAGCCGUUGGCUUUGAUGAAGAGAUUGAGGAAGGCCAAGAAAGAAGCAGCUCCAAUGGAGAAACCCGAGGUCGUGAAGACCCAUCUGAGGAACAUGAUUAUUGUCCCUGAGAUGAUCGGUAGCGUGGUUGGUGUUUACAACGGCAAGACCUUCACGCAGGUCGAAAUCAAGCCGGAGAUGAUUGGUCACUAUCUUGGUGAAUUCUCCAUCACCUACAAGCCUGUCAAGCACGGCCGUCCCGGUAUUGGUGCCACACACUCUUCACGAUUCAUCCCUCUGAAGUAAACCAUCGCUGUGAAUAGCUAAUAAACAGUUAACUACUGGA